UGUGCUGCGACUCGAGUCCUGAAGUGGCACAUGGAAACCAGACAGUAAAUCUGUUCAGUUCAACAUGGCGAAGUUAAUGGUUCCCUUUCUCUCACACUUAAACUUGAACUGCUAACUUGUAAUAUUUGUUGAUAGUUUCCCUGAAGCGAAUGCAAACUUUUCUUCAAAGCCGUGACUCGUUUCUGAAGGUAUCGCAACUGACAUCCAUGCUGACAAGAAGUGCUGCACUGAAGUGAAUACGAUAACCACCAGCGCCGCUAACAAGGGAAAUCAGAGACUUGGCAACAUUGGAGCAUAGGUUUACAGCAACCCCCGAAUGGAAACAGCGUUACCUUGUUAACACUAACAAAGCAAUCAUCAAACGGGGAGCAAAGAGACAGAGACGGAACAUUAAUUAAUAUUUAAGCAAGCUGAGCGUCACUGAGUUGAGCAGGAAGUGAAAUGGGCAGGGGAGCUGAAUUCACCACCAGCAGCAACAUCUGGAGUGAUAGUAUUUAAACAUUUCAACAGAACAAUACUGGAUCAUUGAAGAAUGGCAGCCUCAAGUAACUCAAGUUUAUCAGGUUCGUCGAUAUCAUCUGAUCAGAGAGGCCCCGUGAUGGAAAAUAAGGAGGAAACAAGUGUCACAUUUACACCAGCAGCCUGUGAUGCUGAAGAUUAUCAGCCACCAAUAUGGAAAUCAUACUUGUACCAGUUGCAGCAAGAAGCCCCACGCCCCAAAAGAAUAAUUUGCCCUCAGGAGGUUGAGAACAGGCCGAAGUACUAUGGAAGGGAGUUUCACGGGAUGAUUUCUCGAGAGCAAGCUGAUGAGCUCCUCGGGGGUGCUGAAGGAGCCUAUCUUAUUCGAGAGAGCCAGCGGCAGCCUGGCUCCUACACACUGGCUUUGAGGUUUGGCUACCAGACCUUAAACUAUCGACUGUUCUACGAUGGAAAGCACUUUGUGGGUGAGAAGAGAUUUGAGUCGAUUCAUGAUCUCGUAACAGAUGGAUUCAUCACACUGUACAUAGAAACGAAAGCCUCAGAGUACAUCGCGAAGAUGACGACUAAUCCCAUUUAUGAACACGUGGGGUAUGCAUCGCUCCUGAGAGAAAAGGUGUCGAGAAGAACUAGUAAAACCAAGCACGAUUCCAAGAAGGCACUGCUUGUGAGGGUAGAAAGCAACUCUGUGGAAAAGAUCACGUCGCUGGUCAGGAGGGCAGCACUGAAGGAAAAUGAGAACCAUUUCAACUACGAGAAGGCUCACAAUUUUAAGGUCCACACAUUCAAAGGUCCUCACUGGUGCGAGUACUGUGCGAAUUUCAUGUGGGGGCUCAUCGCUCAGGGAGUCAGGUGUUCAGACUGUGGGCUGAAUGUACAUAAACAGUGUUCCAAAUUUGUGCCCAAUGACUGUCAGCCGGACCUGAAGCGGAUCAAGAAGGUGUACUGCUGUGACCUGACCACCCUGGUAAAGGCACACAAUACUCAGAGACCCAUGGUGGUGGACAUGUGCAUCCGGGAAAUAGAAGAAAGAGGUUUGAAAUCCGAAGGGCUGUACAGAGUCUCUGGGUUCACUGAACACAUUGAAGAUGUAAAAAUGGGCUUUGAUCGAGAUGGUGACAAGGCUGACAUUGGUGCGGACACGUACGCAGACAUCAACAUCAUUGCGAGUGCUCUUAAACUGUAUUUCCGGGACUUACCGAUACCACUUAUCACCUACGAUGCCUAUUCUAAAUUUAUAGAAGGAGCAAAACUUAUUAACCCGGACUCCAGAUUAGAGGCGAUUCAUGAGGCCUUGUUGUUGCUGCCCCCUGCACACUACGAGACGCUCCGUUACCUAGUAACUCAUCUUAAGAAGGUAACUAUGUACGAAAAGGACAAUUUUAUGUCUUCUGAAAACCUUGGAAUUGUCUUUGGACCAACAUUAAUGCGGCCCCCUGACCAGAACACACUCGUCACCUUGAAUGACAUGAGGUAUCAGAAAUUAAUCGUGCAGCUCUUAAUCGAAAACGAAGAUGUUUUGUUCUGAACAGAUGCGGUGCAUCAACCUCUGCUGUAGCCGCUUUGGAAAUGAUUCAAUUGAAGUACUGCAAAUGCUUCUUGUUAAGGAUGAUCAGCUGGUCUUAAUGUUCUGCAGUUCUGCAGAUGAAUGCAAAUGAUGUUUCUCUGUCUUAUAGACAGAUCUCUGUUUGUAAGGGUCAGGCAAAGCCUUCUGUCCUGUAUCUUUAAAUAUCAAUCACACAAUAGGUUAUACGUUGUGAGCAUUGCUUCCAUUUUGCACUAAAUCCAUAUUUGUGUCUUUGCAUCAUUUCUCUGCUCUGGGUGGAGAGGUGCACACAUAUGUACACAAAUAAAAUUGUAUUUUAGUAAGAGACAUAUAUGUGGGGAAAAAUUAAAACAUACUUGAUUGUGUUGUACACCUCCUACAAUGCUAGGAUCGCAUAUUUCCCCAAGAACUUUAUACACGUGACCCUUUUCACAAAUAAUUAACUCAUGAGUAAAUUCAAAGACUGAUUUGAAUUGAAGUAAAGUCAGCUAUUCAUAACAUGAUUCUAAAUGAACAUUUUGAACGGCAGCCAAAAAAGGUUCAUGAAUAAUAUUUACUUAAGGAAGUGAGCAGUUAUUCAAACGGUUUCUUCUUAAAAUACAUUUGAGAGCGACUCAAUAUCACGAGGAGGAAACUGACCAUUUGGAUGACCAGAUCCACCCUGUCAGUAAAUGUUAAACCCUGUUUCAUGCACCUCACUGCAAAAAUAAGAAAGUUAGCAUCAUUUUAUUUGUUGGACACACAUGUCCCUUAAAACUCCAGUGGCAUAUAAAUAUGGAUUAUCAUAUUCAAAUGACUCCCUCUCAUGUGGAGCAAGUAGUUUUGAAAAUACACCUGUAGUGCAAAGGCAGUAAUGACACAUUAGCCAACUAAUUCUGGAGCAAAAGGAGGUUGUCCUCAUGGAUAAAACUUAAAUUUUGCUAAUGACUUGGAGACUCCCUAGACUUUGGGGAGGUCCACAUUCCAAUCCUGUACAAUCAAGAACAUCAGCCUCAUGUUUGUUUUUAGUUAAAGCUGAAAUUUGGAAUCAGGUCAGUUUGCUAAAGCCUGGUAUUUAAACAAGCAUAUUGUGUAAAAUAUACAAUAAAAUGUGACAUAAUUAUAUAUUUAAAACAAAGAGGAACAAAACCAAAAAACAAAAACAAUAAGUGUUAAAAGUACAUUUUAUGAGCCAGUUUGUGGACAAAAAAAUACACAGGGAGUGCUUUGCCUUUUGUGUGUUAUUUCUCUUAAUUUAAUUUACUUACCUAAAUUAGGUGAUUACAUUUUUUGAAUGUAGUAUGUCAUGAUUCUUUAUAUAUUAGAUGCAUACUUGGUACCUACUGCAUAUUUUGUAUCAGGCUAAAAGUAACCCAGACAUCUUUCCAGAAAAUACAGCAACCAAAGUGUUAUAUUAAUAAGGAUUUUGAAAAUGUUCUAUCAAACUCUGAUCCUUUAAGAAGUACUACUUCAUUUUAUUAGCUCUAUUACCUGCAGUGUGGUAUUAGGUUUACAAGCACUUACAAGGAUAGGCUUAUUAUUUACAGUACAGCCUUAUUCUUUAAUGCUGUACAUUAUUCACCUGGAAAAGCACCAACACACAAAUCAUGGUAUUGUCCAUAAAUAUGAACAUCUACUCCAGUUGUUUGUUCAGCAUUCUACAAUAUUCAACUAUUCUUCCAGUCAAGGUCAGUUUAUUUAAUUGGGUCGAAUUAUUUUGUAAAACUUGCAAAAGACAGAUGAAUUGUGAAUAGAAAUAACAAAUGAACAAUCUGUCUCUCAAGUUUCAAACUAUUAAAGAUACAAGGACAGUGGGCAGCCCAGGCCCUGAAUUCAUAUUUAGCACUUUCCUCCUCUUUUGCUUAAGACUGUUUAAUCUGCUUGUAAAACAAGGUCUAUGGUUCAGAUGUCAUGUUUCUGUAUUUAUAUAGGUACUUUAAAGAAAAAGUAAUAUUUUCAGUGAUGCAUAUAAGUGGUGUACAUUCCUGAGUGGCAGAAAUUAAAGAAGAUAUAGUUACCAAAUAUGUAUGUUUCCAGUUGCAGACUAAUUUAUGGUUUGAACCACAAUGAAAAAAGGUACAACACAGAAUCAUUGAUUAGUGACACUGUACACGGAGUUUCAAACUGAACAUUAUGCAUUUUAAUUUUGUUUUAACAGGAUAUUUGUAUGAAAAUAUUGUACAAAUUCAGCAAUGUUAUAUUUAUUGUAGCUUGUUAUAUUUGUGCAGAUAAAUGCAUUUUGCAUGACUCUGUUUACCUUUGUGAUUAAUGUCAGUAGGUGCCUUUUACUUAUUUGACAUUUACUCUGAAAUGCUAUGGAGAGCAACUGGAAAAGAGCUGCAUAGGUUAAAAACUGUUCAUUUAAACCUCUUGCUUUUUUGUUUGUCAUUUACAUUCAACCUUUUUAUUUGCUAUGAUUAAGGUACUUACUUUCUACAAAAUGUGUGAAAACAUAAUGUUUGUGAAAAGAUUUGGAUUUCAGUUUGUAAUUUAUAAAAAAAAAUGUAGAUACAAUGAUUAAAUGUGUUUUAAAAUGC